GUUGUGGUACCACUGCCAGUCCUCCUCAAAGAUGAAAAGAAGUAUGCUGAGGUUGUUGAUGUGCUUGAUCAGCUUGAGCUCUGGACACACGAGAUAUACAGUAAGGCUGGCCUUUGCAAUCCUGCAGACCCAGAGCAUGUCCCACCUGGUCCUCCCAUUGGAGCUCCUGCUAGACUGGAUCAACCAGCUUCGCAUGUGCCACCAGUUCCCCACAUUCAAGAUCUUCUAGCAAAUGUUAUAAUACCUUGUUAUGGCGACCAACUAACAAGAGUAAGAUUGGCUGGUGCAAAAGAUUUGCGAGCAGGAUGCCACACUCCACAAGACAGAUUGGAUCACCUGUAUCCAUUCAGAAUAGUGGACUGGCACACUAAGAGAAGCUUCCUUAAGGUAAAAUGCUAUUUCAUUUCUUUUUUUUUUUUUCAUUUUUUAAGUGGAUUGAAAUCCUCAUCUACUAUAAAGUGCUCAAUAGCAGAGCUAGAGCUAUGGAUAAUUAUGAUCCAAGAGCUGGGUUAUUUAAACAUUGACUGCAACUCUGAGUUUCAUGCUUCUUGCGAAGCAAUGAUCAGGCAACAAGAAGCAAGAGUUGCAGUAAAUGUUUAAAUAACCCAGCUCUUGGAUUGUAAUUAUAUAUAUUAUACAUAUAUAUAUAUCUACCGUACAUCCUAUAUAUAUAUAUAUACAUAGACUUGAACUAGGUCAAAAACAUUUAUUUGCUACUCUGAGUUUCAUGCUUACGAACCAAUCAUAUAUAUAUGAAGUAAAUGUCUGGCAAUGUGUACAUUAUUUUUCUUAUGAAAAGGGGGGUGUUUAACAUAAUCAGGCUCAUCAAAGUUACAGUAGCAUUUUUAUGCUAAUAGAUAUUCUAUUGCCAGACAUUUAUUUCAUUAUGCUGCAAGAAUCUUUUACUACUUAUUACGACAUGCCCUUGUUUUUCCGAUAAUUUUUUAUUAAAUAUGAAAAAGCAAGCCCCGAAUAAGUGUGAAAAAUCAAGUUGCAGUUGACAAUUAAGUCUACAAAAAGUGCUUGUCUCCACUUCGGCAGAACAAAAACAUAAGUGCCUUUUGUAAGAGUUUAUCGAUGACUGCAAUUCAAUUCAGUGCUACAUAGCAACAAUUUGCUUUUUAUUUUUCAAAAUCAAAAAAAAAUUACGUUUAUGUUUAGUUUAAAAUUCUUCAUUCUGUCCACUUUUUUGAAAAGUGACUUGGAAGUGGAUUUAUGGGCUAGGACAUGCAAUUUUAGCAAAUUUCAGCAAAGAUGAACUGGUUGCUAAAUUAUCUCAAGACCAUCUGUUUUUGUUAUAUGUGGCAGUGAGUUUGUCACUAAAAUACUGUUGGUACACCAAGUUUGGAACUCAUUAUUAACAGAAAUAAAUGGCAGGUUUUAAAUACUUUGACCUAGCCCCUUUAAGGAUGAUUCUGAACCAUUUAGAUGUAAAAUACACUUGAACCAUAAUUAAUUAUUUUUUGUAGCUUAUUUUUAAGAAGCUGUACAAGAAUUCUGCCCCUGAAAAGGGGACAUUGCGGUUCUUUCGAGAAAAACUGCUACGAAGAAAUGUAACUAUUGAUGUCAAACACUUUGAAGACUGCGAGCAGUUGUUUUUAAGCAUUGGCCGGUGUUUCACAAUUGAAGCAUUACUUAAUUUCUUCAAUAUGGAAACCACAGAUGCUCGUCCUACCAGGAACAGACCCCCAUAUCGUGUUUUGGAUAUUGAAGACAACAAGAGGGGCUAUUAUCAUUCUGUUCUGGAUAAAUUCAUUGAUGAAUUCCUCAUCAUCCCAGCCCCUGACAUUGAUGAAAGCAGCUCUGAUAAUGAUGAUGAUUUCGUCAGAAACUACUCCAUGUGUCUCCUGAAGUACUUCUUUCUUUAUGCAGAUCUUAAGGAUGUGGUAAAGGAAGGAAAUGGCAAGAGACUUGGAACCCUGCACAAACAGUUGCUGCCCCUUUUCAAGUCAAUGCCUGGAUUCAAUGCCUAUGCAAUUGAGAUAUUCAUAAACAUUGUGCAGAAUGAAGUGCUACUUUCAGAAGCAGAAUCACAUCAGUGUACUUGGGCUGCCACUGCAAACUGGAAAGGUGGACCUGGAAAGAACAUUGAAAUUGACAUUCUGCGAGAGAACAGGAACAAAGACAUCAAGAAAGAGAUACAGGGAAUGGGUGCAAACAAAACUGACAAAGCAAUCGACCAUGCCAGCAGAGCUGCUGGGGGACAACGGAAAAUAGUGGAAAAUUUUGAACAGCAAGUUGGCAGAGGUGUCGAACAUUCUCCACAUAGUCACAAAUCCUCUGCAACAGAUGAAAGCAAAGUAUGCAGGGAUCUUCGUGAUCUUAAACCAUUCGCCUUUGUGCCCAACAGAAACCACGAUUCAUUCGCAGACAUAAUGGCUGAUCCUUGGCCUACUCUAAAUGAGGAAUACAAUAAAUGGGUGGCCCGGCAUAAGAAGAAUCUUCUGCUCAAUGCUCCAAUUGGACAGGAGGAUGAGGAGGAUGAGCAGUGA